UUGUCUCCGGGCAGGGCGGCGCCUGUUUCCCAACUCGGAGGGGGACACAUUUUCCUGGUGCACCCAUUGACAGCUGUGGGGUUUCCAUGGCAACGGAUUCCGGCAGGCUUAUGCGGAGAUGGCGGCCUCCUCCUCCUCCACCUCUUCAGUUAGCAGCUCUGGUGAAAGUACGCAAGCAAGUUCCAAAUGGCUGGACGCCCACUACGACCCGGUGGCCAACCUGAACACCUUUUCCUCCUGCCUCGCCCUGGCUGACCUGCAUGGUGAUGGAGAAUAUAAGCUGGUGGUGGGCGACCUGGGCGCGACGGGGCACAACAUGAAGCUGAAAGUCUACCAGGGCACAGGUCUGCUCAGCGAGAACGCCCUCCCGGACUUGCCGGCCAGCGUGGCCACCUUCCUGAUGGAGCAGCACGAGCCACGCACCCCGGCUGUGGCCGUGGCCUCUGGGCCCUUCAUUUACGUGUACAAGAACCUGCGCCCCUACUUCAAGUUUACCCUGCCGCCGCUGGAAAUCAACCCCCUGGAGGAGGCUGUGUGGCAGCAGGCGAAAGAGGAUACGGCCGACCCCUUGGCACUGAAAGAAAUGCUGGAAGAGAUCAGGGAGAAAUCCACGAUUCCUUUGUUGGUGAAGUCCUUGAAGUUCCUGGCCCUAUCCGACCCCACAGAGAUGGACGCUUUUGUGAACCAGUAUAAAACACAGCCUCUCAAGCGGCAGACGGUGAUUACUUGUAUGACAACCCUGAAGAAGAAUAUGGCCGACGAGGACACAAUCAGCUGCCUGGUGAUUGGGACCGAGAGUGCCGAAAUCCUGGUCUUGGACCCCGAGGCCUUCACCAUCCUGGCAAAGAUGACGCUGCCGAGCGUGCCGGCGUUCCUGGACGUCACAGGGCAGUUUGAUGUGGAAUACCGGCUCUCCGUGGCCUGCCGCAGUGGCCGUAUCUAUGUCCUCCGCAGGGACUCCAAGCACCCCAAAUACUGCAUUGAGCUGGGCUCUCAUGCUGUGGGUGUGAUCCUGGUCCAAAAGAACAUCGUGACCGCCUGCUCUGAUGAGACGCUGCGAGGCUACACCCAGAAGGGAAAGAAACUCUGGACCGUCCCUCUGCCAGCUCCACCGCGGACUCUGAGUCUCAUGGACCAGAAGUCCCGGGGCUUCCAGGCCGUGCUGGUGGCCCUGGCCAACCUAGAGGUGCAUAUGUACCGAGAGAAGAACCUCAUCAACGUCAUCCAGACACCGGACGUGGUCACCGGCAUCUGCUUUGGCCGCUAUGGGCGGGAGGAGAACACUCUCGUCAUGACGACCCAAGGUGGGGGUCUGAGCAUCAAGAUCUUAAAGCGCACGGCCGUCUUUGACGGGGGCGACACGUCAGCCGGCGCUCCCGUCGCCCAGAGUGUCAAACUCAACGUGCCCAAGAAGACCAAGCUGUACGUGGACCAGACGCUCCGGGAACGGGAGAGCGGAGUGGCCAUGCACCAGGUGUUCCAGAGAGACUUGAAUCGCGUCCGCCUUGCGGCGGCACGGACCUACGUCCAGGCCUUGGAGCGUAGCCUGAUGCCCGUCUCGGAGUCCCUGCAGGAACCGCUCAAGAUGAACGCCACGGUCCAGGGCAUUGGCCCCACCUUCAAAGUCACCCUCCACCUCCAGAACACGUCAGCCACCCGGGCGAUUACGGGCCUCCUCAUCUGCUACCUGUAUGACGAAAGCCUCUACGCCAUCGAGCGUCCUUUCUGCAAGGCGCCUCUGUUGGUCCCAGGCAUAGACUACCCGCUGGCCACCUUUGUGGAGUGUCUGAGUGACAAAGCCAUCUCGGAUGUCAUCAAGGUGUUCGUUUUGCGAGAGGGGAGUAAUGACCCGUUGCUCACGGCACACAUCAGUAUGCCCGUCAGCGAAGGCCAGGCGGCCGUGUGAUCCGCCGUCAAGCAAUCAGAGGACGCGUGAGCCAUUGAGCUUUCUUCUUGAAGAAGACUUUCCCCCUUCCCCUAUUACUGCUAUUAUUGCUAUACUAUUAUUAUUUAUUGAGAUAUAUAUUUAUAUUUAUAUAUUAUGUAAAUGAUUAGCAGGGGUUCUCCAGUGUGGGUCCCCAGCGGUGUCCCCUCUGCCAGGGAUCCCCCAGUCAUCGUUGACUACAGCCCCCAUAAACCCUCACCCUAGGCAUUGCAGCAGGGGAUGCUGGGAGUUGUAGUCAACAGCAUCCGGGAAUCCCUGUCAGAGGGGGGAGUGGUCCCCAGCUGUUGACUACAAUUCCCAGCAUCCCCAGCCAAAGGGCAUUGCAGCAGGGGAUGCUGGGAGUUGUAGUCAACAGCAUCUAGGAAUCCCUGGCAGAGGGGAUAGUAGUUCCCAGUUGUUUUGGACUACAGCUCCCAUAGUCCCCAGCUACAAUGUCUUUGGUUCUUGCGGCUGAGGAUUAGGGGAGUUGUCGCCCUACAAGAACUGGGACUCAAGUUGGAGAAUCCUUGGUAUAAUGGCAUCAUAAUAUUCACAAUCUUAAUUGUAAUCCCCUUCCUAAUGGUCCCUAGCUUGGGAUUUCUCCUGGGCCUGAGGACCCCCAGAUGAGAACGCCUGGAUUAAAGUUUUUCCUUCCUUUC